GAAGAAGAUCGUCACGUGAUCACCCGUCAACAUCCAUGCGCAUGCUGAAAAAUCACCGUAAACACUACUUUACUCAGCAUUAGAAAUCAACCCUAACUGUGAACCUGAGCUGGAGGUAAAAAUCACCUAAAAUGAGACGUUUGGGCUCCGUGCAGCAGAAGAUAGCGUGUGUUUUUCUGACGGAGGUGAAGGAAGAAGAGUCGAGGAAACGGGACUAUCAGGUGAGUGAAGAGCAGACGUGGAUGCUGCUGCUGAUGACUUAGAGACAACUGAUGGACUUUUAGUCUCUGUAGAGGAUUUUAAUCAAAGAAACAACUCCAUUUUAUCCUGGUUUUAAGGAUUUAGAUGAAUCUUAGUGAGCGCUAUUUCCUCACAGGCCUGUAAUGAUGAGCCAUCCUCCCUCUGUACUGCUGUUUGACAGACUGUCAUGUGUUCACUUUCACUCUUUCAUUCAGAGACAGAUCAGAAAAACAUUAAAACAAGUACUGAGUAUAAAUAUGUAUAGAAUAGAGUAUCAGAGUAUAACAGAUGAUUAAUGUUUAGUUUAAUAAAACUGGACUGUGUAAAGAAACUCUGGUACGGAUGGAGCUGUGAGCUAAAGGGAGAAAAAGUGCCUAUAAAUAAAAACAGAGGAGUUUCAUGGAGUGAAGGGAAAAUGUGAGAUUUAAAGAGCAAAAAUAUAUCACCUUAUUGAAUCAGAGAGGGACCUAGGGCUGGGACGAUAUGCUUUCUUACCGACUCGAUUCUUCUACGAUUUUUUGGAUGCCGAUUCGAUUUAAAUUACGAUUUUACGAUAUUGUCGAUUUUCUCGAUUUGAGUUGAGAAUGUUUAUGAUUGUCCACUGACUAUUACAGGAACCAUAUUUCCCCCAAAAAUACACAUCACAUGUAAGUCAGAUUUAAGGUCCUUACACACGCAAAUAUACAACGUGAAAUUACAAAAUAUUCAGACAACAACACGCAAUCUGAUUGGUCAGAAGUGGACACACAGUAUGCGAAACUUUAGAAAAAUCGACAGUGAUGCGAAAAAAUAGAUGCCGCAAUAUCGCAGGACGGGAAAACGUCGCUGAUGUGAACGCUUGUAUUGACAGGAUACGGGUUCAAAAAAAAUAUUGACGCCCGAAAUAAUCGCACGAAAAAAAGGCUCCUGGUGUGAAAGGAUUUGAAAAAAAAAAUCAAUUUUUGAACAUAAAGCUCGAUUUAAAAAUUGUAAAACAAAAAAUAGCGACGCUUACGUGAACAGAUUUUUUUCUCCCACCCCUAAAAGAAACAGAGGAACUUUACAAGACAUACAUUAUACCACAAUAAACACACAUGGCUCAUCAAUGCAGUAAACCAGCAGCGGUGUUGAAAAAGAUUGAUAUGAGAGUGAUGUCUGUCAUGUUUUAUAGAAAGAUCUUUGUCCCUUUUCAGCCGUUUCAGGUUGUUGCCACGGAAACUGUGAACCCAAUUGCUCUAGAGGCCAACAUCGACUGUGCGCUGGCCACAGAAAAACUCGACGGCACUUGCUGUUAUGUUACACUUUACAAAGGUGGGUUAAAACUACCGUAGACUCCCUCUGAAAUCGAAGGAUUAACAUGAUACUGUUUCAUACCACUCUGUAGGCCAAGAAUAGAAGAUUUGAAUGGUUUAGGUUUAUGUUUAUUAUCUGUUUCCUGUAGGCCAAGAAUAGAAAUUUGAAUGGUUUAGGUUUAUGUUUAUUUUCUGUUUCCUGUAGGCCAACCUUACCUCUGGGCUCGAUUGGACAGAAAACCAAACAAGCAGGCAGAAAAGAGGUUCAAAAAGUACCAGCACAUGCACAGGAGCUGCAAAGGUACCUCAGCCCUUGUGAUCUUUGCUUGUAGACUGUUAAACAUUUGUUCCUUCUCUUCAGAGAUGGACGUGUUAUCUUAUAUCCUUCUUGCCUUGGUUUCCAGGUUUCUCGUGGAACAUAGAAGAUUUUAAGACGGUACCAGAGCCGUGGAUUCCUGCGCACAAAGUCAAACACCAAAACGGUCACCCGGUGCCUGAUGAGCACGGACACAUCCCAGGUCUUUUUAAACCUCAUUGAAGAUCAUAAUGUUUAUCUCUGAUCAUGUGGAUGUACAACAGGAGACGUGUCAUUCCUCGAGCAUAAAUUCAAGGCUCCAUUUUGUCUGAGUUUAUGAUAAAGUGAACAUGCUGUUGCACCAGGACAGCAGGUCACCCUCAUGUACAUAGGCUCAUACUUGUUUAAAAUAGUUAGAUUACAUUCUCAGACCUUGCGCCUAUGUUGGAAACACACUGAGUAAAUACAGCAGUUAUGUAAAUAAACAAAACAGACACAUGAACUCUGUGUUCUCAGUGUUCCUGUAAAAGAAACACUUCUCAGUUUUUGCGGAGAACUUGAGUAAGAACCUGUGGUCAAACGAGUAAAAUUACGGAAAAAUCCCACGUAUCCUGCAUCGUUAUUUUACCGUUAGCCACAGUUUUAAUUGGAUGAUUGAAACAGGUCUCACCACUCACGACUGCUUGUAAGAUUCCUCACUCAUGUUGGUUUCAACUCCGUCUCCCUGUGGAUAACACCGCCUGCACAGGUUUUGAUUUACUCCUUUGUGAAUGUCCAGGCUGGGUUCCGGUGGAGAAGGACAAUAAACAGUACUGCUGGCACUCCUCUGUUGUGGACUAUGAAGUCGGGACAGCUGUUGUUCUCAGGCCCAGCGCUGACGAUAAAGAAGUGUUAGAAAUCGUGGCGGCCCCUUUGGCGGAUCUGAUGGAACAAACACUUGAGCUCAUUGGAACAAACGUCAAUGGAAACCCUUAUGGUAACAAGCUGUGACGGCGCUUUCCUUAACCUGUUUAAGACUGAAUGUGGUGACAGGGAGAGUGGGGAGUUGAGGAAGUGGCUGUUGAAGCUUAGCAGAACAUCUUGAUCUUCAAAAGACGAAUAAUUAAAGAAAUACCUGAAACAAUCUUUCAUCGUUCCUCGCAGGACUUGGUAGUAAGAAGCAGCCGGUCCACUUCCUGGUGUCUCAUGGGAGCGUUCGAAUCAGAAACCCUCCCCCUGUGGACUUCCAGCAGCUGUGCGCCUGGUUUCAGGAGAGUCCAGAGGGUCGGGUGGAGGGCAUCGUCUGGCACUGUGAUAAUGGCACGCUUAUCAAGGUAAGAAAAAAUCACCAACUUUGCUCCCAUCACGCUACAACUCUAAUUCUCGUACCAUGACGACUUUUCUAUGACGUUAUUAUCUCAUCCUUAUUUGGCUUUAAUACUCUGACGUACCUCUCAAAGUGAGUUUUCCUGCAUGAUGACAGAUUUUAAAGACAAACUUAUAAAUUGUCAGUCCAGCAGCUUUGAGUUCAGCGUUCUCUCUCUCUCUCUCUCUCUCCCUCUCUCUCUGUCUAGAUCCAUCGUCAUCACCUGGGGCUGAGGUGGCCUGAUGGCGAAACCUCCCUCAGCGAGAAGCCAGCAGUCGUCCACGUUGACGGGACGGUGGAUGAAUACAACAACAGCAAGGACUUGUUUGCAUCCCUCUCUGCGUUAAACGGACAAUGUUUCAGCCGGCUGCAGGACGUUCGGUUCGACCUGUGAGCAGACUCUGCAGACUCAGCGAGGGUUUCUUCAUUCGUAAUUCCAGUCAACUUGGUUACAGUUUGAUGUUUACUUUGCAGAAAUGUGUAAAAAUGACCAACAGGAAGUUUUGAACAACUGAAGUUACUUAAAAGUGUUAAGAAAUUUACUGUAAAUACCGACACUACGGCACUUUCACAGCUGAGCAGAGUUUUCUAGUCAGUUUGGAAACAGCUUUAUUGAAAAAUACACGAACACUUUGCCACAACUGUACAAAUAUAGAGAAAAUAACCUAAUUACAUUUAAUUAUAUCACAUAUUAAGAGAAAACAGCUGCCUGAGGAGCAAUUUCACCUCACUGCUCAAAUGUAAACGUCUGUUUUAAUUUUUUUGCUUUUUUGGGGGGAUUGGACCAAGAUAUGAAACUGUUAUAACUUAAAAACCAUAAAGCGUACAGUGCUGCUGUAAAAGUAUUUCACAGAAAUAGUGCUAAAGGUGAAUUUUUCUUUCACUCAGAGUGGGAGUUUCUGUAAAAAAUGAUUAUUUAUGUAGCAAAUUAGACCAAAGCCCUUUAAUCCUGAGUACCGUUAAAGUAAAAGCAGGAUGAAUAAAGAAAUAAUGCUUCACAUCAGGAGCUGAGAAUGACUGCAAAUGAAAAAAAACAUGCCUGCUGCAUGCUGGGUAAAAUAAAAACAGAGGUAUUAAUGAGUCUACAUAUUGUCAGACAAAUAAGCCGAGGUUAUUCCAACUGAGUUUACAGUAAUUUAACGUAUUACUUAUUCCAGAUUAAGUGUAAAAUCUGCUCAUAUUUGUUGUGUUGGGAAAAUAAAGAGUCAAUCUUAAAUUAAA